GGGUCAGACACAGACCGCUGGACCUCCGUGAACUCUGACUCUGCAGGGACGCUUUAAGGAUACGAAACAGACAAACUACCGUGAACUCAGUGGAGCCGAGACUCGGUCGCGCCACGUUGGUGAUAUUUACGACUUUUUUUGUGUGUGUGUGUUUCGGGGAAGUCAGCAGUUGCCAUGUUUGAACAUCUGUGAGCCGCAGCUCACUGCUGAGAGGAAAGUGAUUCGUCAGCGCAACAGUUGGACUGAGUCACACUGAGUUUCAACACUUUUAAAGGAGGAUUAAUGACUUAUUUCUCUGGUCGACUGCGUGUUCCGCUCCGGACUGACUCACUGGCAGACACACAAUAACAUCAUCCACCCAGACAGCUGCCUGUCUCUGUGUCUGCCGGGCCCUGGGGCUGCCGCUGCCGCUGCUGAGCCGAGCCGCCGCCGCCGCCGCACAGAUCCGGCCCCUGUCAGGUGAAAGGCGUGUCGCUGGGCGGGGGGGCUUUGUUCUGACAACACCUGAGUGAGAGUAGUAACCUGAGAGCCGGAGCUGACAGCGGCUGCUUCCCCUCACACCGACGACUCUCCCACCGGACGGAUCCCUUCAUAGCUCAGCCCGGGUCACGAGGACACAGUAUGGACCGUAAUGACUUUUUCCAGGUUUGACCCUUCGGACGGACGGACGGCUGGAAACCGGGUCAGAGUGCUCUAGAGUUUGUUAGGGACCGUGUGGCAGUGUACCGGGGCCGGUGAACCGGGACCAUGGCGCUCUCUCAGAUCCAGUGUCUGGACGACCACCACGUCAACUGGCGCGUGAGUGAGAGCAAACCGGAGUUCUUCUACAGCGAGGAGCAGCGGCUCGCGCUCGAGGUUCUCGUCACCAACGGCCGCGAUGCGUUCAUGGACUUCCUCCGCCAGACUGGCCUCCGGGAGUUCCUGUCGGAACCGGAGCUGGAGCGGAUUUCGCACACGGUGGAGGCCUACCGACCCGGCUACGAGCACCACCAGAAGCCAGACACGCCCGGCCCCGGGAACGUGACUCCGGGGUUCGGGGAGGAAGCAGAAGACGGAGAGGUGUCGCUCGAGUACUGGCCCGACCGCUCCGAGGCCUCGGUGGCGGAGCUGGACUUGGGCUGGCCCGAGUCCAUCUCAUACCGGGGGGUCACACGCGUGACCGUGUACACGCAGCCUCCCACCGAUGGGUACACUCACAUCAAGGAGGUGGUGCGGAAGAGCAUUGCAUCAGCCCAGAAGGUGAUAGCAGUGGUGAUGGAUGUGUUUACAGAUGUGGAUAUCUUCCGAGACCUGCUGGAUGCAUCCUACAAACGCAGAAUUCCUGUAUACAUAAUCAUCGACAUGGCUGCAGUCCCCUGCUUUCUUUCCAUGUGUGCCAGAGCUGAUAUGCACCGUGGACACCUAAAGAAUCUGCGGGUUCGCUGCUGUGGAGGUGUGGAGUUUUUCACAAGAUCGGCACAGAAGGUGCGAGGAUCUCUGAGCCAGAAGUUUCUCCUGGUAGAUGGAGACAGAGCCAUCUCCGGUUCAUACAGCUUUACUUGGUCCUCAUCUCGUUUGGAUCGUAACCUCAUCACCGUGAUCACAGGACAGGCAGUGGAGACCUUCGACCUGCAGUUUCGUGACCUUUACCUCGUGUCCAGAGGUGUGUCUCUCAGCAAGGUUCCCCUGGCAGACGAACCAAUCCCUGACCCGAUCCCCGUGGCGGCUCCUGCUCCUGUACCAGCUUCUGUUGCUAGGAAGCUCAUCAAUCCCAAAUAUGCCCUUGUUGCCACGGGUACCCACACAAGCCCCUCCUCCUCUGACCAGAACUCCAGCAACAAGAACUCAAGCUCCCAGAAUCCCACUGGGCUAAAAAUGAUGAAAGGACGUCUUAAGGGAGUUAUUGAAGAGUCACACAUACAUCCGGGAUUAGCCAAUCUAGAGAAAGCAUACCUGAUCCCUUACCUGCCCACCUGGCCAGAGCCAGAUCCGCCAAGUGAUGUGAUUGGCUUUAUCAACAUAAGGGAUGAAAAGCGGGCCAAUCAGGUUCACUUACAGAGGUCAGAGAGGUUUGAGGUUAGUCAGGCUAUACGCUUCAGCUCACCAUUGACAGUGCCAGCCCAGAAAGAGAAAUCGGCUUCAGGUCAGGACACACAAGCUGCAGGGACAACAGAAACUCCUUCUGAGAAUACAAGCCCUGAAGCAACUCCUCCUGUGAGUCCAACCAACAAACCAAAUAAAGACCAAACUGAUAGCACAGUUUCCCCUCAACAGCCCAACGCACCUCCAACACAGGACACACACAAACCAAAUGCACCACCAGCUGACUCAAACCAAACGGACAUUGUUACACCAAAUCCAGAGACACAAACUGCAGCACCUCCUGUUCCCAAACGCCGCACGCUGCAGUUAGUCAUUGACCCCGCCCCCUCAGAGCAGCCUGGCGAAGCGCAGAUCACUCUGAUAAAAAUGGACCAAGUAGACGGCUCGCUUAACAAAACAAAACCCGAGAAGGAGAGGACACACAGCCGUGGCCGCUUAACAUCAGCACCCGACUAUGACAGGGACUCCGGCAGUAAUGGUGACGACAGCCAAGACAGCACCAAGGUGAUCUGUGACCGAGCAGGCAAUGACCAUCCUUCAAGUGCUUCCACAGCAUCAGAGGAGGAGUUUUACGAUUGCAAUCAGCAGGAGCUAAAUGGCACUUUGGCCAAUGCAGCGACGACAGGGUCAGGCCGAGGGCUUCGUCAAGGAGACGGGUUCAACGUGAUGGCCCGCCUCUCUCAGAGCAUGCUGGACCUGCGGGAGCCCAGCCAAUCAGAGGAUAGCACUGCCCUCCUCCGCCAAUCACAGCAGCUGCGCAGACAAGGAUACCCCUCUCCACACAGGCACAUAGGACAGUUGUUUCAGACCUCUACAUCUCCGGGUGGUGAUGCGAGACUGAGAGGACCAAAAGUAGUCAUCGCUAAACCAGGAAGUUUUCAUCGCCCUACCCGAGCAGCCGGUCCGGUGAUAGGAGGACACCGUUACUGGCAGGGCCAGAUGCUGCAGCCCGACUCGGCCCAGCUGCGUGUAGAGCCCCGCUCUGGGCGGUCGCCAAGACGACACAGCCCAGGUUACAGGAAGACGGACCGCAUAUCACCGCAGCCACCAACCAACCAGUCAGGCUUACUAGGAGUAUCGUUCUCAAAAGUCAGCCAUUUAAGACACUUGAAGGCGCGAGGAGGAGCACCGCAGAAGAAGGCCCCUCAGAAUAACAAGGCUGCUAGGUAGAACUGUGGGUCAGUGCAGGGAAACCAGGAUGUUUGAUGACCGACUUGGUGACACGGAGUAUGGAAUCUUUUCUGUCUUCUUCUUUUUGUGAAAUCCUUGGGUGCAACAUAUGAGAACUACUUAACUGGGAUUCUUUGAUUUUCAUUUUCUAGAUUUCAGGUUUCAUUUUUCAAAGUGUUUGGCUAGUGAUGAAUUUACAUGCAGAUACUGAGACAUCUGCUAGAAAAAAAAAUCUCUGUUAAUAAUGUAUGAGGUGAUAUUUGUGUUUACAAACAUAUGCCUAAAUAGCAGGGCAUGGCUCUUUCCCAUUUUGUGUUUUGUGGACAUCAGUCUUAGCAGAUGCGGUACCAUAUUUGGUCAGCUGGGAUGUUUUUCUCUGCCAACUCAGCCACUCAAGUCUUGUACAUAAUCCUUCAACAAAUAUUUUCUAAAUUACCUCAACUGCUUUUCCUCUGUAGAAUUUCAUACUGUAAUGUUUUUUCAUGUCAGACGACACAGAUGUGGUGUUUCUGUGAUAUGCAAGACCAGAUUACUCACUCAUACAAGUCAGGUUCUAGUGUUGAAACCACUGUGACUGGUUACUGAUAGUGAGAGGAAUGGACUGCCAUGCUGAUUACUUUUAAAUAUUUGGCAGAUGUCAUUGAUGACCUGCAAAAUUAAACACUGAUAUGGGACCAAAAGUGAAUGUUGUAAAUAAAACAAAGAUUGUUGCUGAA